AUGGCAAUCUGGGAGGAGCUCAGGCGGUGGGGGAGAAUGAGAGAUGAUGGAGAGAGAGAGAAAGAGACUGAUAAGCAGACUUGCUCUGGACUCGCACAUCUCCCAGCAAUCCUAGCCAUGUCGGUACCACACUUCCUCCUGUUGUCGUACCCGGCGCAGGGCCACAUAACACCUGCCCGGCACCUCGCGUUGCGCUUGCUGCGCGCCACGGGGGGCAUUGUCACCGUCUCCACCUCCAUCUCCGCUCACCGCAGGAUGUUCCCGGAGGCGGGCGAGCUGGAGCACGUCGAUAGUGCCGGCGUCCGCUACAUGCCCUACUCGGAUGGCUAUGAUGACGGAAGGAAGGCCCUUGAUGACUCCGACUACAUUGCCCAUCUCAAUCUCGAGGGGCCCCGUGCGGUGGCCGCGGUGCUCGCGCGCCUCCGCGACGCCGGACGGCCCGUCACGCGUGUGGUGUACACUAUGCUCCUCUCCUGGGUCGCCGGCGUCGCCCGGGAGUACGGCGUGCCGUCGGUGCUGUACUGGAUCCAGUCGGCCACCGUGCUGGCUUGCUACUUCCACGUCCUUGGUGGCACCGCCGGCGCGACGACCGACUUGACGGCGGCUGUCCACGUCCCGGGGCUCCCGGCAACGCUUCUCACGCGCGACCUGCCGUCGUUCCUCCUCACCGGCACGUCUGACGACGACCCCUUCGCCAUGGUGAACACGGCCUUCCGCGAGCUCUUCUUCGGCGACCAUAGACCCACCGUGUUGGCCAACACGUUCGACGCCAUGGAGCCAGAGGCCGUGGCGUCGCUGCGGCAGCACGGCCUUGACGUACUCCCCGUCGGCCCCGUCCUAUCGUUCCUCGACGCCAGCCCGGCGGCGACCUCGUUGUCCCAAGACAACGAUCUAUUCAAGCAGGAUGGCAAGGACUACCUUCAGUGGCUGGACGAGCGGCCGGCUGGGUCGGUGGUGUACAUCUCGUUCGGGAGUACGUCGGUGAUGAGCAAGCGGCAGAUCGCGGAGGUGGAUCGCGGCAUGACAGAAAGCGGCCGCCCGUUCCUGUGGGUGCUCAGAAAGGAUAACCCCCGCGGCGACGAGGAGCACAGCCACGGCGCCAACGCCGGCAUUGUGGUGGAGUGGUGCGACCAGGGGAAGGUCCUGUCGCACCCGGCAGUGGGGUGCUUCGUGACCCACUGUGGGUGGAAUUCCACGCUAGAGAGCGUGUCAUGCGGGGUGCCGGUUGUGGGUGUCCCGCAGUGGUCGGACCAGGGCACUAACGCAUGGUUGAUGGAGCAGCUAGGCACCGGGGUCAGGGCCGUCGUGAUUGACAAGGAUGGCAUCCUGGACGCGGGCGAGCUGCAGAGGUGCCUUGGCCUCGCCACGUCCGAGGUGGUGCGCGCCAAGGCCAAGAUGUGGAGGGACAAGGCACGAGAAGCGGUGCUCGAGGGUGGCUCGUCGGACGUGAACCUCAAGGCCGCAUUCGUCGCCCCCUCAAACUAG